AUGGCUACCACAUUAUAUACUGCUAAUGAGUUUGUGUUAUUCUCAGUUCCAUCCAGCGCUAAGCCUAUAAGUGCAUCAGGUUUAAAUACCGACACAUGGUUGCAACAACAAUUAUUGGGCGGUAGAGCCUUCGUCUCAAAAUUCGAAGUUCCAGAAUUCAAGAUUGGUUCUUUAGAUACUUUGAUUGUUGAAUCCGAAGAACUAAAUAAAAUAGAUAACCAAGUUGGUGCUUCUAUUGGUAAGAUUAUAGAGAUAUUGUCAGGAUUGAAUGAAGCCAACACUAACGAAUACAAGACCAUUCCAAUCAAUAACGUUCCUGUGCCAGAAUAUUUAGAAAAUUUCCAUUGGCAAACAAGAAAAUUUAAACUAGACAAAGAUAUUAAGGAGUUGAUAAGUUUGAUCUCAGGGGAAUCCUCUCAAUUGGAUGCCGAUGUCAGAGCAACAUAUACAAAUUAUAAUAAUGCUAAGACUAACUUAGCCGCCGCAGAAAGAAAGCAAACAGGAGAUUUAUCUGUUCGUUCUCUUCACGACAUAGUAAAGCCAGAAAAUUUUGUACUACAUUCUGAACAUCUAACAACAAUUCUAGUUGCUGUGCCAAAGGUUUUGAAGGGUAAAUUCGAAGAAUCCUAUGAAACUUUAGCUAAGAACGUUGUUCCAGGAUCAGCUUCUGUGUUAUCGCAAGACUCUGAGUAUAUUCUAUACAAUGUUCACCUUUUCAAGAAGAACUUACAAGAAUUUAUCUCUGCUGCUAGAGAACAAAAAUUCGUUCCACGUGAAUUCAAUUACUCAGAAGAAUUAAUCGAUGAACUAAAGAAAGAACAUGAUUCUGCAGCAAGUUUAGAACACUCCCUACGUUUACAAUUGGUGAGGUUAGCUAAGGCUGCUUAUGUCGAUGUAUUUAUGAACUGGUUCCACAUCAAGACUUUACGUGUUUACGUUGAAUCUGUCUUACGUUACGGUUUACCACCUCAUUUCAAUACAAAAAUUAUAGCCGUGCCACCAAAGAUGUUAAAUAAAUGUAAAACUGAAUUGAUAGCAGCUUUUGGUUUCCUAGGAGGUAAUGCAUUUGCGAUGGAUAAGAAUGGUAAGAUUAAUAAGGAUGAUUCUAACUUACACCAAUAUGCAUCCCUGGUAGAUACUGAGUAUGAACCAUUUGUUAUGUAUUCUGUAACUCUAUGA